UCUCUUUUUUCACUCUAUAUCAGUGGCAACUUCUAUCCCGAACAACCUGUUCGUCGCCUUUAGUCAGUGUUCACCGCCUUGUUAUUUUUACUGUCUCUCGAUCUCAUUUUGUUCGCUCGUCCGCGAGCACUGUGAUUUUUUUUUUUUUCUCUUUCGUUCCUUUCGGUCAAACAUUUUUUUUUCGUUCUGGUGAAUCGAACGAGUCUGUGAAAAAUAAAGAAACAUGCAUCGUCGGCUGGAGCAACUUGUAGCGCAGUAAUUGCCUGGCCAUUCAUACGUUUGGCAGCGGCGGAGCACGCGGUGCUCGCUCGCACUCAUCCGCCCGCGGCUGUGUGAGCGGCCUGAUCCCGAUCCCUUUCAGGCUCGAAAGAGAGAGAGAGAGAGAGAGAGAGAGAGAGAGAAGGGCUUUUAGCCCGCCAACUCGCCGACGUGAUGUAGCCUCGAUGCCGCUACCAGCACCACUUCAGCCCUAAAAACCUCGGGAUUUUUUCCAGCCGCGCUAUUCACGAUACCGUUAAAAAUGGAGGAGAGCGAGAGAAAGAGGUAUGAGGGCGAAAGCCGUAGUCGAAGUAUGUCAUCAGCAGGUUGGAAUAAUCAUCGCUCAAUCGGCGUAGCCAAAUGGUCGACGUCAUCGUGCACGAGAGCCUCGGGGUUACUGACACGUUGCAGCCUAUUAAUCGCCUGUCGAAGAAAGUGCCGACGAGCUGAAAAUGCGCGCGACAGAAGGAACCCCAGGGACUUUGGCGCAUGAGAAAGCGAUCGCGAGGACAGGUGUUGGUGUCGAGUCAGUGUCGUUUAGCGCGAGGCUUGAGUUGCGCCGAAAAAUUAGCCAAACGCGGCGCAACGCGAGAAGCUCGGCGGAGAUAAAAGAAACGAGCGGCAGAGCAGGACGUAAAGUGAGCAAGUGUCGGUGGGGUGAAGCAAGAGAAAAAGCUAGCCCAUAAGAAGCGGUGUUAAAUAAGCGACCGAGCGAGCGGAGAAAAAAGAAGAUUCGGCAGCUAAAGUUCGAUAUCCACGUAGUGCGGAGUUAUAUGUGAACGACGCUCGAACUUGCGCGCGCACUGUGAUCUGUGAUUUGUGUUAUUGUUAGGAGAUAUGCGGGCGGAAUAAUAGGUUUGACGCGAGUAUUCAUAGUCGAAGGACGAGAGGCGGCUUUUUAAAAAUGAUGAGAAAAAUGAAUAAAACUCUCUGCCUAGAGAUGGGACAGAGUGUGUACUGGGGUGGCGCCGGCAACGUCACGAUUUUCACCAUACUUGCUUUCAUCGACAUGAUAGUUAUCUUCGGUAACAUCCUCAUAAUCGCUGCCGUCUACCACAGUAUCAAGCUCAGGAACGUCACCAAUCUGUUCAUCGUCAGCCUCGCGUGCGCUGACUUGAUGGUUGGUGUUGCUGUUUUACCCUUCAGUGCCACUAUGGAGGUUUUGAAGGUCAGUUCAGACAUCAAGGUGUGGAUCUUCGGUGAUAUCUGGUGCUCGAUGUGGUUAGCAGUGGACGUGUGGAUGUGCACGGCAUCGAUAUUGAACCUGUGCGCAAUAAGUCUCGACCGCUAUCUCGCCGUGACGCGGCCCAUCAAGUAUCCUACGAUAAUGUCACCAAAGCGAGCUAAGUUGCUGGUGGCUAUAGUCUGGGUGCUCAGCUUUAUCAUCUGUUUUCCACCUCUGGUUGGCCAGGGACCUAGGACAGAAUUGCAGGACAACUCCACGGCGCCGAUAUCGAGCGACAUGGAAAGCAAUUCUACGCAAUGGUUCAACAAUAUGACAGUUCACUUAAUGGAGGAGUUCAUGCUUUGUCCAUGGACGUGCGAGCUCACCAGCGACACAAGUUACGUUAUUUACAGUGCUCUCGGAUCCUUUUACAUACCGACACUGGUCAUGUUAUUUUUUUAUUGGCGUAUCUACCUCGCGGCUGCGUCGACUACUAAAGCCAUAAAUCGCGGCUUUCGUACGACAAAAAGCACCAAAUCGUCGGGAUCCCAGCCCGACGAGCAGCGGCUGACCCUGAGAAUACACAGGGGCAGAGGGACGAGUGAUCAUAACGGGAGCAACGGUAGCCCCAGAGAAAGCGAUUCACGGAGUCCCUCGAAGCGCGAUCGCAUCAAGAUCUCGGUUUCUUAUCCGAGCACCGAAACUCUCAACACCAAGUGCAACAACUCGCUUGAAAGGACACCCUCGAAGUGCUCUCAAGUGUCCGUACACUAUGCCAACGGCCAGACCCAGAGCCAACUCUGUCCCUCUUCCAAAUCCACACACUUGAAGGUCGGCGUUGCCGGCAGUGUCGGCCGAGCUGGAAGCGCUAGGAGGGCUUCGAGGCGCAGCAGCUGCGAGAGCCAAGCGGCCGGGGACGCGGUCUCGCUGCGCGAAUCGGCCCCAGGCAGCAACGAGGAGAAACCCCGUGUUAUGAAAAUGGGCAAGCGCAAUAUAAAGGCCCAGGUGAAGCGAAUCCGAAUGGAGACGAAGGCUGCCAAAACCCUGGGAAUCAUCGUCGGUGGCUUCAUAAUGUGCUGGCUGCCGUUCUUUACGGUCUACGUGGUGCAGGGCUUCUGCGGCGACUGCGUGAACAAGGUCGUCUUCAGCGUUCUAUUCUGGCUCGGCUACUGCAAUUCCGCGAUAAAUCCGUGCAUCUACGCCCUCUUCAGCAAGGAGUUCCGCUUCGCCUUCAAGAAGAUCAUUUGCAAUUGCUUCUUCAAGCAGCGUGCGAAUACGCUGCGACGUGGUAGCGACGGUAGCCAAUUGACCACGAGAUUUGGUUUUUCAGGAACGACGGGCGACAGCCGGGCAGCCGUGGUGCGCGGCGCGGUCCGUCGCCGGGCUUUUCGCUCGAAGACUCCGACGGCCUCGGGUCCGAAGCCGGCCUCGUCAGCUCGCAGAGCGACUCCAGAUGACUGUAGCACUUCGGGCUCGGCGCGCAGUGCCUCACCCUGAACGUGCUCUCCGUGGCCGACGCGACUGCCAGCCUGCAGCCGCCGCCGACGCCGGGCGAGCACGCGCGUAGGGUCUCCUUCGGGGCCGUCGAGACGCGACUCGACGAUCAGCAGGUCGAGCGCCGAGCCCUCGUCGACAACGACGACGAAGAUGACGAAGACGACGACGACGAUGACGACCAAUCCGAGCACGGGGCGCCACCGCCGGAGUUCAACGUCGCUGGCAAGCUGCUUCAAGCCUUCGCCAGCGUUUCAGGUGCGCCAAUUUUGAACAGUCAGCCGGAACCACCUUCUUAAUCAAAUGUACAAUCAUAUGUUGAAUCGAAGACUUUUAAAAACAAGAUCUGCAAAAAACCAGCAGAAGUGCAUAAAUAAUAGAUCGAAAGUUGAAAAUGUUGUCUCAAUGUUUACACGCGCGUAUAACCUAAGCACAAGCGUAUACACAGGACAUAUGUCGAACAAAAGUAUAUACAUAAACUCAUGAAUAUACGUAAAUAUUAUAAGAAUAACGUUAUAUACCGAAGUGUUUGAUUUUUCACGCAUUCACGUAUGUUUCUCUAACAAGGGGAGGCAGGGAGGUGUCCCUCUCCGAUUCUUGAAACUUUGCACAUUAAUAGAUUUUAUCGAACAAUAUUAAUUACGAGUUUCUUUCAGCUGCUGAUACGAUAGCUAAGGGGGUGAAAACCACCCCUAAUGCUUACCCCUAAAUAUCGCCAUUAAAAUACUUUUA